AUGUCAUCCAUAAUCGAUCUCCCCACCUCAGUCCCAACCAACCCCAUCCUAAACCAGACCCUCCCCGACUUCAACCUCACAAACAAAGUAAUCCUAAUCUCAGGCGCCGCCCGCGGUCUAGGCCUGACCUUAGCAGAGGCUCUCUUAGAAGCGGGCGCCAGAGUCUACGCUCUAGACCAUCUCCCAGAGCCGACACCAGAAUUCAUCGAAAUCCAGCAACGCGCCAAGACAUGGCACACCGAGCUGCAGUACCGCUGCAUCGACGUGCGCGACACAAUCUGCCUCAAUGCCGUCGUCGAGGAUAUCGCCAAUCACGAGGGUCGUGUAGACGGCCUCAUCGCUGCAGCUGCUAUCCAGCAGGAGACCCCCGCGCUGGAAUACUCCGCGAAGGAUAGUAAUGCUCUGCUGGAGGUUAAUGUUACCGGCGUGUUCAUGACGGCUCAGGCUGUUGCGAGGCAGAUGGUUCGGUUUGGGAAUGGGGGGAGUAUUGUGUUAGUUGCUAGUAUGAGUGGGACUGUUGUUAAUAGGGGUUUAAUCUGUCCCGUCUACAACGCCAGCAAAGCAGCCGUGAUCCAACUAUCCCGCAAUCUCGCCGCCGAAUGGGGCCCGUACAAUAUCCGCGUCAACACCCUCUCCCCCGGCUACAUUCUCGCCCCGAUGUUGGAGAUGAUGUUCGUCGAGUAUCCCGAGCGUCGCGUCGAAUUCGCCAAAGAGAAUAUGCUAGGUCGGUUAUCCCGUCCGCGGGAGUAUCGCGGUGCUGCUGUUUUCCUGCUUUCGGAUGCGAGCAGUUUCAUGACUGGUAGUGAUCUCCGUAUUGACGGUGGUCAUGCUGCUUGGUGA